AUUUACAGUAAAACAGUAACCUAAAAGGAGAUACGCCUACUCUCACACAAGAAAAACAGAAACACAGAUGAGACCACAGAGAUCAGAUACCCGACGGCAGCGGACUAACAGAGGAUGAUGAAGAUGUCAGGAAGAGUCACGAGUUGCUGUGUGGCUCUGUUCUUUGCCCUGACCUCUGUGACGGCUGUACGAAGACUUGAUUCAAUCAGUGAGUUGAAGAAAAUUGACUUUGGCCAAUCCGUACCCAAACACAGUCUUAUGCUGCUUCACUGGUUUGCCAACACAGUUGACAUCGACAAUAACAAUGUCAUACAGCUGACCUUUGACCCAAACCGUGGAGAUUAUGGUGCACAUAAUUAUGGCAACUAUGAGAGGAUCUUGGACCCGCUGCCUCUGGGAAAUAGAUACUACACCAUCGGCAAUCUCAAUCAAGGAAUGUCCAUGCCUCUCCCACCUUAUGUUGUCCACUCCCCAAUAGAGUACGUGGGAACAAACAGGGAUAGGAUCAUAAUUCGCGUCAGGGAGCAGAACGCAGGACAGCAAGCUUUACCGAGGAUAGACCGAGUGUAUAUCACACAGCAUUACGACACUUCUGAACGUCAGGGCACACGUUAUGAUCCAGCUCAUACCUACCAAAUCACUACUAACCUCUUGAGACAGAUCAGAGAACUUUCUGUGGGGCAAAACCAACAGCAACUGCGGUAUCUCAGAAACCACUAUGGAGGUAAUGCAGAUCAUUUCCUGUUAAGGCACAUUAGAGACACAUGGGGUGACCUUGUUGGCCUUGGACUGUUGCUGCUUAUUGUGAUUCAGGAGAAGCAUUCCUCUAACCAAGACAACAACAGGAAUGGAAACAGAAGAAAUCAUAGGGAUGAUGACUCUUCAGAGACUGAGAGCAAUGAUUCUAGAGAUUUUCGAAACCAAGGUGCGUUUGUAGUGAAUAUCCCUGACCACGAGGACCACCAAGCCAGCAGGAUGACUGGAAGCAGAGAAUCAGGCGGGUACAACACUUCAGUACACUGGAACGACAAGGAGAGGUCGUCAUGUUGUACUUGUUGUAAAUGUUGCAUUUGUUGUAUCGCCUGCAUAUGUUUCAUUUGUGUAAUUUGUACUGUGUUAUACUUUUGGUAUAAGUUUAGGUAAGUCACAAUUUUAUUUCUUACGAGGAAAAUUGCUGCACAGCAGUUCAUAAGCAAAGUGGGAAGAGAAAUAUAAAGAAUGAAAACAUAGAGGUCCAAGAGAAGACAAUGAGGUGCAAAUAGGAAGCAAACCCAAAGUAUAUACAAUGCCAAAAUCAGGUAAACAGUAUGAAUCAUAGAAUAUAAACAGGUCAAUGCAAAAGAUGGGUCUAGGUGUGGCUGCACAAAGAUAAGUAUGUACAGUAUAAAAUUUAAAGUACAGGUACUGUAAGAGUAUAUGCUCAUGUUCAUGAUGAUACUGCACAUUAUAUCCGAUUAUGUCCCAUGAGUCAGUUUGUUGUAAAUGUUGUAAUGAGUUGUAAUGUUAAAAAAUGUAAUGUUGUACACAAGACAGUUAAUCCAGAGAGAAAAGAAGGUGAGAGAAAGUUACAAAAAUGCAGUUUGUUGAAACAGCAGAAAUACCUCUUUAUUCUAAAAGGAUUUGAACUGAGCAAAAUGCCUUUUAUUGUAUAUUAUAAUGCACUGCUCGGGCAUGUUCAUAAAGCUUCAGGCCUCAUUUAUGCAAUGAUAUCAUGCUGCAGCAUGUACAGUCUAGUGGUAAUGACUCUCUGAUGAGUCAUCCUGUGUCUGCGAGAGAAUGCACAUUGCUCUGAUGGAUAAAUGAAACAGAUUACUGAAAGGCUCUAUUGUCUGUCAAGCACAGCCUUCACUGAUCAUGCAUUAAAAUUUUUAAAAAACAGUAUUUUUAAUUUAUUGUUUUGUAUUUUUUGUAUUGUAUUGUGUUGGAAAUUGUGUUUUUAUUAAACUAUAAUGUAUCAGUCAGAUGUCAGUGUUUUCAUUUUAAGUUCAAGCAAAGAGGAUGAGCACAAGUUAGAUUUGUAAAAUCAUCAAGACAACUUAACCAUUUGUCCUCCUACAGACAAUCAGAGAACAGGCCCAGGUGGUAUCAGCUUUGAAGACCAAAUUAGUGUUGGUACAACUUUUUUUUUUUUUUUUUUUUUACUUAUCAUGUUUUGCCACUUGAACUUCCAUUUUGUGAUGUUGAAAUCAUUAAAUGUCUUGAAAAGAGAGUGGGGGUCUCAAAGUUUCAAGUAUUUUGCAACAGAAUCAGUACUAAGACUCUUAAAGGAUGAAAAAUAUCACCUUUUAUGAAAGGAAAAAUAUUGGAUAAAUCCAUUUUAAUUAUAUAAAAAAUAAAACAACAAACAAACAGUAAAUAACACACCCACAAAUGGUCAUCCUGGUAACCUAGCCGUCUAACGCCACCACAUUCUUGAUUCAAAUGCAGUAGUGCUGUACCCUAAUAGUUGGCCUAAUGUUAAUGGACGGUCAAAAGGUCAUUAGUUGGCAAGAUUUCAUUGGUCGCCAAGUUGCAGAAAACAAACAAACAUGAAACUCUUUUAGGAGAAGGAGGCCACUCUCAGCAGUCAGACAGAACACACGUUACAAACCAAUCACGGCCGUCAGAUAUCUUCAAAUAUUCAGUCUGAUAAAUAUGGAAAGGCUGAUCAUGUUAGUGCAGGGCUACCCAGGGUUUACAUCUGUCCCAUUGAUGAUAGGUCUACACACUUAUAAACAGCGCCUGGAAGAAGAUCAGGUCUGCACUCAGGAUUUCAGGUAAACAGGCUGUAUGAUACUUGUUAAGGUUGCCUAACAACCUCAGACACAACCUGCCGCGGUGCUCUUAAAAGCUGGCACAAAAAAGGCACAAGAGUACCUCGUGCUUUCCAGGCGGUUAAAUACACAGCAUGUGUACGGACCCUGAUUUCCAGGGCUGGUACCUGCGGUUAUUCCACAGGCUAGUUAAUAACAUGUCAGGCAGGAAAUCCAAAGUGUGGGAUCAUUUUGAGAAGGUGAAGGACGAACCCAAGGUGAUAUGUAAACUCAUCUUCAUUGGUCGACUACAAACAUGACGUAUCAUCUGAAACAUGGAAGUAGCUACAUGCCCAUUAGCCACUUAGCACAAUCAUUACUGCUUUGCCGACAGCGUCAUUAACAGGCGGCUCGCUCAGUGUGUGACGUGCACUUGUAGAUAAAAUAUAGGCCUAUAUUAAUGAAGGUUCAUUAGUACGGUUUUGUAUUUCUCUGUAAUGUAGCACAGUGUUAACAAUGUUACUGAUACUAUUCUUUCUCACACCUUCAACUCAGUGCAAUGACAUACCAGCCAAUAUUUCAUAAGAAAGAAACAUAUACAAAGAGGGAAGUUGAACUAUCUUUAAUACUCCUGUACACACCAGCAACACUUGUUUUGCUGGUUGUAUUUACAAGGAAACAGUAACCAGUAAGAGUUGUCACACCUACUCUCACAUAAGCGAAUAGAUCAGAUGCCUGUUGGCAGCAGGUGAAUGCAGGUGAGCUGUCUUAUUUUCUGAUUGCAAGUUUUGUUUUUUGAUCAUUAACUGUAGCACUACUUUAGGUGAAGCAUUUGUAUCAAGUAUUCUCUCUGAUUCUCUCUGAACUCUGAGACUUGUAACACAAAGAGGGAAUUUUGU